UGGCGGGGUUGCUGGCCUGUGGCCUUUGCUCCGGGCCGCUGCGAGGCCUGAGGCCUGCUGGGUUUCGGUUCGGCGUUAACUGUUAACCCGCCAGGGCAGGCUUCCGCCCAGGCACAGGAGACCCCCUGAGCUUGUUCACCUUGAAACUUGGGCUACACCUGAGACCUGCCACCUCAGGGGGGUAUGCGGGUCGUUCUAACAAGCUUUCAUGGCAUUCGUGCGCUCUAAAGUAUAGAAGCUGCUCCAGGCUACCGCAGCCCCGGCCGUCCUGGAGAUACUCUCUCCUGGAGUCUGUAGUGGAGAAUUUACAGCACCUGGACAGCCACGUGCAGUCUCCGAACUGCAGGCCGUCUUUACCGAAAUGUUAAACACAGUUUGAAGUUAGGCAGGAUAACUGCCGGAGCUGGAUGGACCUUAGAGGUGCCAGCUAACGCGCUUUGAGCUUUUUCUGCGUUAGGCCUGCUCUAAACAUUUGACGUGUGUUAAAGCAUUUAUGUGCUUUACCCUAUGUGCACCCUGAUGUUGCGGGCCCUUCUUACAGUAAAAGAACUGCAGCACAGCGAAAUUAAGCAACUUGCCCCAAAUCACGCAGAACUGGGAUGCAAACCCAGGUCUAGCUCACUCGUGAUCACAUCUUUGGUGACAUAUAUAAAUAUCAGUACUAUAUAUAUCACCAUUUUUUUUGCUUUGCUAAAAUUUUGCUUUGCUAAAAGGUUUUUGUGUCUUCAGGGUAGUUUACUUGCAAGCCCCAUGUUUUUAUUAAAAAAAGUGGGUGCUACCUGAAUAAAACUAAUGCCUACCCCUUGGUGGUUUUGUGAAGACUGAUGAACUAUUAUAUUCAAAGGGUCCAAGCAGUAAGCAUUUACUGAAGGACAGCUAGUUUUAGCCAUUAUUAUUCUGCCAUUCAGAAACUACUAAGACAUUUUUCUUCCCUGCACCUAAAAGCAAGGGUGUCAAACUUGAGAUAAGCAUUCUGAUAACGUGUAGGCAAAGUUUCCAGACUUAGUAAAAGCACCUUAGUCAUGGCUCAAGAGGAGUGACAAGUUACCACCUAUUUGCAAUUCAAGGAGAAUAUAAGAUAGAGAAGAAAGCUGUGAAUGAAUUUCAUUUGAUUAGCAAUAGUUUGGAUACUCUACUGGUCUUGCGUCUCUACAGCCUCUCUUCCACCUGACCCCUAAAUGUUGAAGUGCUUCAGGAAUUGUCUUAGACCUCUUUCUUCCUUACAUACACUUCCUCUCCAAUAUGGAAUUCUCUUCCCCCAGCUGUUGGCAUGUCUAGUUCAUUUGCAUUUUGGGCAUUUCAGCUCAGCUGUCAUCUCAGUGACCAGUUUUUAUCUGAGCAUGAAUCUUGAUGGCUCUGCACAAGAUCCUGAAAAGAGGGAAUAUUCUUCUGUCUGUGUGGGCAGAGAAGAUGACAUUAAAAAAUCUGAAAGAAUGACAGCUGUUGUCCAUGAUAGAGAAGUGGUCAUUUUCUACCACAAGGGAGAAUAUCAUGCUAUGGAUAUUCGCUGUUACCACUCAGGAGGACCUUUACAUUUGGGAGACAUAGAGGAUUUUGAUGGACGACCGUGUAUAGUUUGCCCCUGGCAUAAAUACAAAAUUACUUUGGCAACAGGAGAAGGUCUGUACCAGUCUAUAAACCCUAAAGAUCCAUCAGCAAAACCCAAGUGGUGCUCCAAAGGAGUAAAGCAAAGGAUUCACACAGUGACAGUAGACAAUGGGAAUAUUUAUGUGACUCUUUCUAGUGAACCUUUUAAGUGUGACUCUGAUUUUUAUGCCACUGGAGACUUCAAAGUAAUUAAGAGUUCUUCUCGAUAAAAGAAAAAAAAUAGAAAUGAAAAAUAUUGUGUAUGCUUGAAAACAUUUUUAGAAUAACUGCUUCAGUUUUAAAGGUGAUGAAAUUUUUCAACAUAGGCACAACUAUUUAAAACUCAUAUAAAUUUGAGAGGUUUAAGAGCACACAUACUUAGUAUGAUGUAAGGAUUAUCAGGAUCAAUAGAAUACAUUUUAUCUAAUCUUCUGGAUUAAUUAGAACCUGAAGGUUAUAGGUUUGGGAUGUUCUGUUUAAGAAGGAUGAAAAUAAAUUUGGAGUAAACAAAUAAUAGGUAAAAAUUAAGGUUUAGUAAGAAAAUUUUUUUAAUUUAAUUUUUAAAAUAGGAAAAAAUCCCUGUUUGAUGUAGCAGAUUUAAUUCUGAAAAAGUUUUAAUAUAUACAAAGUAGACUAUAUAAUGAACUUCCAUCAGUCAGCUUUAACAGUUAUCAGCAUUCUUCCAUUCUUGUUUUAUUUAUAUCUCUAUGGAUUCCCUACCUCUCCUAUUUGAUUGUUAUUUUUACAUUUUUAGGUAAAGUUUAAAUACAUUGAAAUGUUCACAUCUGAACUGUACAACUUUCCCAAAUAACAUAGCAGACUUUUUAUAUUUUAAAAAUACCUCCAAAAAUGAGAUAAGUUUACCUGCUGAACUUGAAAAUAAGAAACUUAACCACUGUGCUAGACAUCAAAACCAAAUAAACCUUGGCUUAGUUUCUCUAUGAUCAAGGCAGAUCUUGAAGUAAGGAAGCCAGACCCAGCUGCUGCCCAGCCAUGAGAGAUGUAAAGUCUCCUAUUCAGUGAGCCAGUGUACUUCGAAUGCCUAUAUGAAAUUUUCAAAUAAAGGUUUUUAAAAAUUUUUUAGAA